AAGCUGCCAGUUCAACAUUUUUACCUUUGAUAAGCCUUGUAUUUCUUGGUGUGCAGACAGUAAUGGUCGGUACAACAAACGUGAAAGUGUUAGCAGCAUUUUACAUUCCGCACUAGUGCAACGUUUAAACAACAUAAUUUUGAAAAUAACAGCAGCACGUUAACUACAUAAAUUAACGACAAAGCAAAAAUAUUAAAACAUCACUUAAGUGUGCUCAGUUUAAAAUUCAAUAAUAGUGCCUUUUUUGGUAAUUCCGAAACAGUGUUGACGUGAAAUCGUUUAAAUUUUAAUUAUUAUUAUUUAGAGAACAAUCAUCAAUGAGUUUUCUAAACUUUUCACUAACGAUUCACUGGCAAAUUUUCAAUGAUCUUCAUUGAUGCUAAUUUGGUGAAAGUUAAGGAUUAAUCAGUUGCGAUCCUAUUUGGAGCAUUCCAGAAUCAAACCAUCAUUAAAAUGAUCACAGGAUUACUACCUACUAGAGCCAUUGUGGCCAUUAUGAUUUUUAAUGCAUGCCUCAUAACAUACAUGUUACGUGCCAAUAUGUCUAUGAACAUCAUUGCCAUGACAAAUAGAACUGAAAGUUCACCCCUUACUAAAUCGGAAUGUCAAAGGCAGCAAAACGAACCAUUUAAUAACACGUUAGAAGAAAGCAGCGCAACAGCAGAUCAUGGAGAGCGCUAUAAUUGGAACUCCAAAAUUCAAGGCUAUAUUUUAGGGUCAUAUUUCUGGGGAUAUACAAUAACAUGCAUACCGGGUGGUUUCGUAGCAGAGAGAUUCGGACCAAGAAAGACGGUUGCAAUUACAACUAUAGCAUCAGCUGGAUUAACAUUUCUGACGCCGAUCGCUGCAUCUUGGCAUUACAUUUCUGUGAUAAUUAUUCGAUUCGCUCUCGGAUUUGUUGCGGGCGGUAUUUACCCAGCUCUGCAUUGUUUAAUUUCGCGAUGGGCGCCUCCGAACGAAAAAGGUAAAUUCAUGGGGACAUUGCUGGGUGGACAAUUGGGAACUGUAUUGACGUGGCCCAUUUGUGGGGCACUGAUAGAAUCAUGGGGAUGGAAGUAUGCCUUUUAUGUACCAGGAUUUAUCGCACUUUUCUGGUGUUUCUCCUGGUGGUACUUUGUGACAGACACCCCCGAGGAACAUCCACGGAUCGAUGAAAGCGAAAAAAAAUAUGUCAUACAAAGUAUAGGAGACACUAUUUCAAAGACCAAGAAAAUGCCUCCAUAUGUGAAAAUAUUUUCUUCGGUGCCAUUUUGGGCCUUUGUCGUUUUACAAUUCGGUAGCUUGUGGGGCCUUUACUUUUUGUUUACUAUUGGGCCCAAAUAUAUGACCAAAGUGCUUGGAUUUGAUUUAAGCCAUUCUGGUACCCUUGCAGCGGUGCCAUACCUGGCCAGAUUAAUUUGUGGAUUUAUAUUUGGCUACAUUGGAGAUUCGGUUAGGAAAAGAAACCGAUUAUCUGUUACAAAUAUACGCAAAAUAUUUGUUACGUUCUCCCAUUUCUUGCCUGGGCUAUUUCUUUUAGCACAAACAAUGGUUGGCUGUGAUGCAACAUUAGCUAUAGUGUUAAUUAGUUUAUCAUUAGGCUCAAAUGGAGCUUCUACUGUUACCGUUUUACAAAAUUCUCAUGAUUUAGCUCCAAAUUUUGCUGGUUCCUUGUACGGAAUUGUUAAUUGUAUAGGAUCGACGGCAGGGUUCAUUACACCCAUGCUUACAGGCUACAUAACUGCAGGAUCGGCUGGACAAGUUGAGUGGCAUACUGUUUUCUGGAUUGGAGCAGCAGUUUACAUUGCCUGCGGGAUAUUCUUCUGCAUUUUUGGUUCGGGAGAACGGCAGGAAUGGAAUAAUAUUCCCUUCAGUAAUAGUGAUAAUAAUAACGAAAAGGGGGUUGACAAUCUCGCCUAUGACAAGGGAAGCGAAAUAGAGAGUACAAAAAUUUAAAAUUAUUAAUGAUAAUUAAUAAGUAUAAAUACAACAUUUGACUGCAUUAAUAAUAAGAUAGAUUUAUUUUGUAUAGUAUUUAUGUUUAAAUUAAUAUUAUCCAGUAUUGAGACCUUUAUACUAU